AUGGUGUUGAAAUCGAACCCCGAAUUCCUGCAAUGUGUCGUAAAACAGAUGCAGAAGGGCAUUCCUGAAGAUCCCAUUCUUGAAUGUCAUCCUGAUGGCUACCAGCACCUGAGAGACCAAGUUGAGAGCCUGUUUGCACUUGCCGACCAGAAAUUGCAUACUUUCCCUUUCAAAGACGUGAGGCCGUGCUGGUUUCGUCUCUACACUGACGCCAGUAUUGCCAAGGCAUUGACAGUAAUGGAGAACCCCUUUGAACUUUCAGAACUGGAUAACAUUGUCUCCAUUCUAGACAUGGCGCUCAUCAUGGCCGGCGGCCUUGGCCGGGAGCAGUUGAUCCACGACCUCCUAUUCAAUCUAAAAAAAGCCCUCGGAGAACAUCAAGAAGAUUCAGAGCGCCCAAGCAAAAGAAGACGUCUCCAAGAAUUAACUAACAUCCUGCCCCAUGACACUGUUUCCCUUCCUACAAUCCACUUUCCCAUUCCGCAAAUGUCAAAUCCUUCACUCACAAAGUUCCAAGCCUUUAUGACGGAUAAGCGGGAACCUAUCAUUUUGACCGACAUUUUAACUCAUUGGGCAGCGCUUGAAAAAUGGAAAAAUAGCUCUUACUGGUUGGACAAUACCAUCCAGGGCCGGCGUUUAGUCCCCGUUGAGAUUGGGCGCAGUUACACAGAUGAAGAUUGGGGCCAAAGGAUACUAUCUUUUGGUGAAUUCCUCCACGAUUUCAUUUUACAGAUGCCAGAGGCUGGAUUCCGCUCCGGAGAGCCUCCUAGGACCUGCUACCUUGCCCAACACGACCUUCUUAAGCAAAUUCCGUCCUUGCGGGGUGACAUCGCCGUUCCCGAUUAUUGCUAUUUGGACGUUCCUGGCCCGGAGCCAGGUACGCCUGUUUGCUCAAGUAGAGUCGAAACGGAAACCAACAAGGCCAGGAACCCAAAGGUCGGUUCUUCAACUGGACUUGCCUCUUUCGGACCUGAGGACAAGGAUAGUACUGACUCCGAGGUUCAACAAAACAUCUGGUUUGGCCCUGCCUGGACAAUCUCUCCGUUGCAUCACGACCCUUACCAUAACAUAUUGUGCCAGGUUGUCGGAAAGAAAUAUAUUCGCUUGUAUUCGCCCACCCAUAGCGCCGCAUUGUUGCCGAGACGUAAGGACGAACCUGCCCCUCACGCUAGAACUCACCGUACAGAAGGAUCUCCAGAAUUCACAAAGGAGGAUAGCCAGGCUUCAGAAACCAUUGACAUGUCGAAUACUUCUCAGAUUGAUAUUGCUGCAAUGGAACUGUCCCCACUUGAAGAUUGGGACGAGGUUUACCCGGGAAUCAAUGGCAUUCCAUACACAGAAUGUAUCCUUGAGGCUGGCCAAGCAUUGUAUAUACCCGUUGGCUGGUGGCAUUAUGUCCGAAGCUGCUCCGUUGGCAUUAGCGUAAGUUUUUGGUGGUGA